CCGAGCUCAUGCACAUGACCUGAGUCACUGACGCAUUCAACAUACUUACUUCUGCAUCUGACCCUAUACGACCAUCGUGGUCUUCACAAUCUCUCAUUCAUGAAUGUAUUUUCUGCGCAAUCACACAGGACACAGCUGAUUCUGGCAGCUGUAUCUGCAUCUCUACUGACAUCAGGCCUGUUUACUGCAUAUAAUACCUACAGUCGACGCGAACGGAGACGCAACCUCGAUCGAGACAUCCUCAAGUCAAUAACAGACCAGGAUGAAGGUCCCAAACAGCGUUUGAGACCAAAGGGCGAUGAGUUAAUGAAUGAACAAAUUUUCCGCGUUGAUGUUGAUGGGUACGACGAAGAGCUGAUCAGAGAGCAGCUCGCGCGGUGCUAUGCGUUUUUCGGGGAUGAGGGCAUGGCGCGGGUUCGGGAAAAAUCUGUUGUCGUUGUUGGCUGCGGUGGUGUUGGUAGCUGGGUAGCAGUUAUGUUGGUGAGGUCAGGCGUGUCGAAGAUCCGACUGGUGGACUUCGACUAUGUCACGCUUUCUUCGUUGAACAGACAUGCCACGGCUGUGCGUGCGGAUGUAGGAAUGCCGAAGGUGGUGUGCAUUGAGCGGACUCUCAAGCAGAUCAGCGCGUGGGUGGAGGUGGACAGCCGCGUUGAGAUCUGGAGGAAGGAAGACGGGGGAAGGUUGCUAGAGGGAGCAGAAUGGGUCAUCGGUAUGUCAAUGCGCUCCUCGAUCUCAUAUUGCCAUGAGCACCAUAUCAAAGUGUUCUCGUCUAUGGGAGCUAGUGCAAAGACAGAUCCUACAAGAAUUCAGAUUAGUGACAUCUCGUACACCAUGUACGACCCUCUCGCACGCUCUGUUCGGCGUAGGUUACGGCUGCAGGGUGUAUCCUCAGGGAUUCCUGUCGUUUAUUCCACAGAAGUCCCUAGGGAUGUGAAGUUACUCCCCCUUCCUGAGGAAGAAUUCCAGAAAGGCGACGUAAAAGAACUUGGAGUAUUCGAUGACUUCAGGGUGCGAAUAUUACCGGUCCUCGGCUCCUUGCCAUCUCUUUUCGGGCUGCACAUCGCGACCUACGUCCUCUGUGAGAUGGCCGGAAAACCGAUUUUGAACCCUUUGCCCAUAAAAAAUCGCAAGAAGCUCUAUGAGCGUCUCCUUCGUGAUCUCUUGCAUCGUGAAUCGAAGUUCAUCGGGGAACCGAUCAAUAAACUACCUAUCGAUGAAGAUGAUGUUGCGCUGAUAUUCGAGGACCUGCAUCUCGGUCGUUCUGUUGUGCCUCCUCACGUUGUUCCUGCACAUCCAACACUCCUGCGGUGGGACCCAGCGAAGCCACUUACUCUAGAGAACUGUGUGGUCUUCGAAUCCACGGAGGCAGCGAAGCACGUUAGAGAGUGUUUGACACCGCAGACGGAGGAAGCACAUUCAAGAAAAAACCCGAGAGCUGUCUGGGGAGACGAAGUGCAGGCUGUUGUGGAACGUCAUGCAGGAGACGUGGCAAAAUACAGAACGUGGGUUGGGCUAUAACGAGAGUAUUCGCCACCACGCACAUCAGAAAGACUACUGCAUAUAGAUCGAGUUUAUUGAUCAUAUUAGGAUGCUUCGGUUUCUGAUAGAAAUCGAACUACGACACAUAGAUAUCCAAUAGGUUAUACUGUAACGAUACAAUCUUCUUUUAGUAUUACUGCACGGGUCAUCUUACAACACUUCUCCGCUGCGCUAUUCCCAUCUCGUCGGUCUGGCCCAGGGCCCUACGUAACAUAGAUGA